AGAGUUUGUUAUUCUGCGCAUCCGGCGCAUUUUACAUGAUUCAGCUUCCAGCGGCUGCGAUACAACCCAAAAUCGAUCUUUCUCGGUCUCCUCUUGCGGCUUCUUAACCCUAAUCGUGCUAUCUCUGUAUCGACUCUCGAUCUCAAUCUCAAUCGAAUUUGAUCGGGUUUCAGGCAGCUGCAGCGGCAACUUCCGCAUUUUGUCGAUCUUCUUAUCCACUAGUUCUCAUGGCAGACGAAGAUCCUGUUGACCCUAAGAAGUACAUUGAAGAGAGCUGCAAGCCUAAAUGUGUGAGACAGUUGCUUGGAUACCAGGCAUGUGUUAAAAGGAUUCAAGAUGACACCACAGGACAUAAGCAUUGCACUGGACAGUAUUUUGACUACUGGUCGUGUAUUGACAAAUGCGUUGCUCACAAGCUAUUUGCAAAGCUCAAGUGAUUUGGAGAAAUGGGGAUGAUGAUGAUGAUGAUGAUGACUUACUCUUAGUAAUGUCCAAGUUGUUGUCUUUCUUUUGUUGUUGAAUCAAACCAAACCCCAUAUUUAUAUGCUCAGUUUGUUUGCUUUGUUUUGUGAUCACUCUCUUAAGAGUAGCUCUGUACUGUUUUUGAGUUUUAUGCCAAACAUUGUGGCUUUUGGCUGAUUAAACAUCCAUUCAUAAUAAGAUCUUCUGAUUUA